AUUUUCGCAAGACUGCUGCCUAAUUGUGACUUCUAUUUAGCCAGUAGCCUAUAUUACUGCAGAUUACUAAACGGAUUAUAGCAAUAGCAAUCGUAAACUGGUUAAAGGUAAAAAAACAAAAACAAAAACGGUCACACUAAAACUUUGCUGCUGACUCCGUGGAAAUUCCAAUUUUUCUUCCAGCACUUGGAGCCAACGUUAUUAUUAUUAUAUUUUUGAGUAAGUUGUCUUGCUGGGCAAACGAAGAAGAAAACAUGGUGAUGUUAUGAGUUUGGAGACGACGCUGACCUUACUGGAGACAGUGCGAUUGGACACAUCCCUUUGUCACACUUAUUCAUGACCUCAUUCUGUGGUACUUGAACGAUGUACGCCGCUGUUUUUGGAUCCGGAUGGUACUUUAUAAUGAAAAAAGGUCUGGAGCCGAGGGAUCGAGAAUAACGGAACGCAGCUGAGAGGCGGAUCGACCGCUGGACCUGGUAAACACACGGUCGCAUGCCGUGUCCGAGUCAAGACCUGUAUGGUCGCAAAGCUAAUGGGAACGGUUGCAGGAGGUUGGGAUAGGCACGCAUCCGUGUUGAAUGCAGGUGGGCCAGAGAUGGGAAAUGACACGUACCGCACUGCUCCAAAUGUAUCCGCUCAAGCGAAGGAGGAUAUAGCCCUUCAGGCGAAAUAUCCUCGGAGAGAAAACAAUGUUUGGUUAACGCUGUUUUAUCUAACACUUUAACACACACCCUUUGUCUAUUCUCUAUCCGACUCUCAAACAGUGCUAACGCAGGUUUAAUUGUUGGCGCUAGCAGUGUUACUAUUUUUGUUCCAUCACUUUGCAGACAUGUCGUUCACAAUGGAGGAUAAUUUGGAGUCGGGGUGGGUAGCCGUUCGGCCGAAUGCGUUUGAAGUGAAGGAAAAGCAUAAAUUUGUCUUUAUCGUUGCCUGGAAUGAAGUGGAGGGUAAAUUUGCCAUUACGUGUCACAACAGGACGGUGCAGAGGAGAAGCUUUGGUAGAGACCCACUGGCGGAGGCGACUGGAAAGGAUGGGGACAAAACAAAAUGGACCGAAAGUCCCGUCAGAGUAUCUAAGAGCCCUAGCGAAGGAGCCAAGGAGGCUGUGUUUAAAAGCCCUAAGAAGUCCGUCAUAUCAACAAAGUCAAGUCCUGUCAAAAUUCCAACUUUGACUAAAUCUGCAGCCUCUCCUGUUCCUGAUACUGAAGUGUUACAAUCACUAAGAGAGGGGCGACUGUCCCCCUCACUGGACAGCUUGGACCUGGAGGAACUGGACAGUCUGGGCAUGAAGGACUGCAGCUGGGCCGGACUCUUCUCCUUCCAGGACCUCCGGUCAAUCCACCAGCAGCUGUGCUCGGUGAACUCGGACCUGGAGCCCUGCCUUCCGGUGUUUCCGGAGGAACCAGCCGGUGUGUGGACAGUGUUUUUCGGCCCGACGGAAGUAACCGAGACCGAAAUGGAUGAGCUUUGCCACAGUUUACAGAUGUACCUAGGCCACGCGCUCGAUACGUGUGGAUGGAAGAUCCUUUCGCAGGUUCUGUUUACGGAAAACGACGACCUAGAUGAGUACUAUGAGAGCCUGAGCGAGCUGAGGCAGUCCGGGUUAGAAGAGGCGCUCAACCGGGCAGCAAAACAUCUGCAAGAGCUGCUGGAGAAACACCAGACCAUGGACAGUAUGGGGGAGCUGUUGGAGCUUUAUGAGGAGGAAGACGAGGCCUAUGGAGUCCUGCUGGAGGCCUCCACACGGCUGUACCAGUACCUGCUGCAGCCCUUCAGAGACAUGAGGGAACUAGCCAUGCUACGCAGACAGCAGAUUAAGAUUUCUAUGGAGAACGACUAUCUGGGCCCAAGGCGGAUCGAGGCUCUAAAAAAGGAGGACUCUGACUGGCAGAAGAAAGCUCAGGAGGCAGUACUCAACAUCCAGGAGUUUACUGUAAAAUACUUUGAGAUCACUGCUAGAGCCCAGAAAGGGCUCUAUGAGCGUAUGAAGGUGGAUCGGCGUAAGUUUGGUAAAUCUUCAUGGACAGCGGCGGUAGAGCGCAUGGAGAGACUCUGCUACUCUGUCGCCAAGGAAACUUUACAGCUCCAGAGAGCCAGGGAGAUCUGUCUGGAGCAGAGGAAACACACACUUCGAGAGGAGAUGCAGAGUCUGUGUAGCAGUGACGAUGCCAUGGCCCUCUUAGACCACAUGGAGACACGUUACUAUGAGCGCCAGCUCCAACUGUACGAUAUCCAGGUGGAGAUACUACAGUGUGAAGAGCUGCUCCUCACUGCUCAACUAGACAGCAUUCACAGACAGAUGUCAGAGCGUCAGGAUGAGGUGGUGUACUAUGACACCUUUGAAAGUGCGGAUGAUAUAAAAGGGGAUGAUACCGCAGAGAGGGAAGAGCUGCGCAGACUUCAGGUCAGCGCUCGACAGCUGGAGGCCAGAAGGGGGCGCAUCACUGCCAAGCGAUCCUAUCUGAGGAACAAAAGGGAGAUCUGUGUAUCCAACCACACUCAGAAACAGCAGAAACGUCAAGCCAUCCAUAAGGACUCUGAAUCCCACCAGCUCUUACAGUUGAAUAUUGAAGAAGAGGAAGACGAAGAGAGGAAGAACAGCCGAGUUAGUCAGGAGAGGCAGAAAACUCUGGAGAGACUACGCACUUUCAAGCAGCGGUACCCAGGUCAGGUGAUCCUUAAGUCCACUCGUUUACGCGUGGCCCACACCAGAAGAAGAGAGCGCGGAAGGAGCAUGGAAAUGAGCAGCGUGAGUGUGGGCCACCCACUGUGUCUCAGUACCAGUGUGCAGACGGACCCCAGCUCCACACUCACCACUCAGCCCGUCACGGUCCGCACAGCAUCUCUUCCUCCUCUGCCUGUGCCCAGUACCACAGACUCCACCUGCUCUCCCUGCUCCCUGUCCUCACUACUGGCUUCCCCCAUGUCUCCUCCUCCUCCACCUCCCCCUCCACCUCCGCUGCCAAUAAAGGAGGAGUUGUCACCUUCUGGCAGCCCACGUCGGCAUGGGCAGAAGGUCGAAGGAAAGAAUGCAGCAGAAGAACUCUCCCUCUCCCCACUCGGUCCAUUUAUCCCUCGCUUCUUCGAUAGCAGCCAACUGUUGAGUGCCCGGCAAAAACUGAGGAAGACUCCCCAGGUUGACUCCCACAGCAGAAGAGUGAGCUCGCCCAUGGACGAGGUGCUAGCCUCGCUGAAGAGAGGCAGCUUCCACCUGAGGAAGGUCGACCAGCGUUCUCUGCCUCCUUCAACAGCUGACGAUGACCCCAACAGCAUCCUGGCUCAGAUUCGCAAGGGAGUCAAACUGAGGCGCGUCCCCAGGAAAGAGAGAAGGGAUCAGGGAGAGCUCCCGGCCUCCACCGACCCCCUGACCAGGAGCAUCCACGAGGCGCUGCGCCGCAUAAAGGAUGCCUCGCCAGACUCGGACUCAGAUGAUGAUGGGCUGGUCGGCCAUGACUGGGAAAGCUAGGGUUCAUGGCUCAGACGCAACAAAUAAUACACACACAGAUGCCUGCACCCUGUGGCACUCUUUCACACACACUCAAGCACACACAGCCCAGUCACACAUGUACCUAGUGACUACGCCAGGGCCUGAGUCAUACCGAAUAUCACCAACUCACCAAAUGCUCCAAAGGUCUAUGGGUAACCUGUUCAUUUACUUUUUUACACUAAAUGCACCAUGGUGAAGGACAUUAUUUGUAGGUCUUAUUCUUGUAUCAGAUUGUGAGGAUGUUUUGUUUAUUUAUUGUUUUGUAGUUGUACUGUUGAGAAGCUCUGUACUGGCCUUUUGGGGCUCCAGAACAGCACAUAACACAUUUUACACCAAAACACUGCACUGACAGUUAUUUGAAACUGAAACCACUCGCCCCAGAGCAUUAGAAAGGAGAAACUUUAACUGCAACACAAAUUAAGUGUUGGGUAUGGUUGAUCAUCUGGUGUCAUGCGGGAGAUAGAAAAACAAACUGAAGAUCACACUGACAUUUGAACUGGAUUUACUCUCCAGAUUGUAAACCAUAACACCAGCACCUCUGCUGACGCGCUGUCCUAUUAUUACUCAACCAGUGUACUAUGACUCAACAACACUACUGUAUGCUGCACAGCUGGUUUUGUCCUGUCACAUGUAGGUGUGUUAUUGCCCUACAGUAUAAGGAUGACUGCUCGUCUAGUCUGAUACUACACAAAGAUAGUAAAUCUGUCACACCAGAUUCCUGCCCCUUCCCCCGCUCUUGUCCUCUUCCGACCUUCACUACCCCCAACUCUCACCUCCUAUCUGGAUGAGGGAAUAUGUAUCGACCCAUCUGUUCAACCGCAGCAUAUGGCCAGGAUGGUGGGAGAUAUAGAGAGUCGCAGUAGGUUUAUAAUUUGGUGCCAAAACUAACAACAUCUUUGAGCAGAAGCUGGUCACCUAGAGUGGGAAAAGGACUAGAUGAAGUGUCACCACCAGAGCUGCAGUUUCUUUACUGGGGAGGAGUUAAUGUACUUAGUGUGGUAAAGUGUGGGCAGACUUGAUUGGUGAUUCCCAAACUUCGUAUGUGGGAUAGUCAAGGCAGAGCUGUGAAACCGUCACACUCAUUUGAAUGAGGGAUGGUUUGUGGGAGGCUAGAUUCUCUCAGCGCUGUAGGGAGUCACUGUGGGCUGUGGAUUAGGCAGUCGUGAUGCAUGCCGUUUCUCUCCGCUAUUGCAUCUGAUUUCUUUCACUGCACUCAGUGGGCAGAAGCACAUAGUAGGAGGCCUGUUACUCACUGUGCUGGAAGUGAAAACCUGCUUCUGCACACAUGGACUCUCACGCUCGCAGUAAACUCACAGCUAACACGUGCAGGAACAUUUUCGUGGCAAAGUGAGUCCACAGGCUCAACUCGUACGUUUUUUAAAUGGUUUCAGCACUUUCAUAGUGAGUAGUACAAAAUGCAUAGUAAUAAAUGCUAACAUACAUGUUAACAUGAAGCAGAAGUAUUUGAAUUCAUAAACUAAGCUCUGAUUCUGAAACAGGCUCAGCAUGCACAAACAGCUUUGAUGCAAA